AUGAGAAGAGUUAUCGAAGAAGCGGGAAUAACCAGCGUGAAAUUGGCACGAGAAUCAUUUGAAGAUCUGGAGAUCUUGAUAUUAAUGUAUGCAGAUGAUCUUGUGGCAAUGUGUGAUAAUGUUGCUGAUUUAGAAUCGUUUGUACGAGCAUUUGAAAAAGUUACACAAGAACUUGGUUUAACAAUGAACAUUAAAAAGGCCUGUAUAGUGUCUCUUAAGCAACUUAAAGAAGGCGAUGAAAUCAUCAAUAAAAUUGUACAAGUGAAACCGGUGCACAAAAACAUAAAAACAUUGUACAGAAAUAUAAAGAAUGACUGGACAAAAGAAGAGCGGAGGAGUUAG